UGGAAAGCGUUGCUUCUGAGCGCACGCGGCGAUUUGAAAAGUGCUAUUGGCGCGAAAACUGAUAGAUCGCGCCUGACAAACUUUUUUUUCAGGGGUGCUGGUUGUUCUUGAUGACGAACACACGGAGGUUUAAAUAAUCAAUUCGUGUUUGAAUUUAUUUCCAGUGCGCUGUGAAGUGAAUGAGUAGUUUUGUGUUGUGUAAAUAAAAAAUUCAGACCUACCAGCGGAACUUUAAUCUGUGAGAAAACGGGCGGCCAAGCUAGUUUCAGCUUUAUCUCCGGGAAGCAAGGCCGGAUAACGAUGUGCGGUGACAGCGGAACGGACGACCACGCUUGACCGCGAAGAUGCGACUGCCGCGGGGGCUCCUCGCCAGCGCGGCCCUGCUUCUGGCGCUGGCCCAGCACGCCGCGGCGAAGAAACCGAAGACCCACCUAUGCCCCAUCGGAUUCGACCUCGCUUACACAACAGACAGAAAACCCGUCUGCUACCGCCUCAAAAACACCCCUGAACUAUUCACAGACAAAUUCAAAGACUGCGCCGGCAACAUAUUCACGACUGAACUGUACCACAGUCUGAACUUAACCAAAACGAAUCAUGUUAUAUGGACAGACUUCAAAUCUACUUAUCCGGGAGGACCAUUCGUGGAUUGGUCGUACACAGAUUCCACCGGAAGACCUUUUUACAACACGUAUGAUGUGAAAUACGACGCGUCGCUGGGAAUUGACGUGGAGUUAUGCGUGGUGAUAGACCCAGUGAGUAACUUUACAGCGGUGGAAUGUAACGCGGACGAGAGGCAUUAUAGAUAUUGUUUUGUGAAGCCAUAUCCAGACAGCGAUGAGAGAAUUAGGAAAGAUUGUAAAGGGUUUGAUAACUCCACGCGGUUCUUUAGUCCGGCGUCGACGUGUUUGACGGUAGUGAGUGGUGCCGGCGGCGGCGGGCUGCGCGCGACGUUCGCCCAAGCGAAGGACAUGUGCUUCAAGAGGGGAGGCACCGUGAUCAAUGGAGGCUGGAGGCUCCUGAAUAGUCCGGUUCUGAAUAUAGCGGAGUCACGCUCUAUGUACCCAUUCCCGCUGGGUUUUACUAUGACUCCUGACAAUCAAUUGCUGAGGCUUGAUUCGGAAUUUGAUACUUCUAGGGUUCCAGAAUCCGAAUGGCAUUUUGAUAGAGUUUCCUCGAGCCCAGAUGGACGUUAUGUUGCGAUCGCCAACGAGACAUGGCAACUGGUCAACAGUUCUUUUAUAUUCUACAAAGUAGUUUGCGAGAGACCGGUUAAGCUAGAGCACAUCAAGUUGGAACUUAGUGUUGAAAAGGACAACGAUUUAGUAUUAACAGUUGACAGACCCAUAAAGAAAAACGAAAUCCGCUGUUUCACGGAUUCCAUGAAGUAUUACGCUUCGCAAGUGAAAAUUGAGAAGGACGAUGAUGACUACAAGUUUCACCUAGAUCCGACGUACGACGGCUACUACUGGUGCAUGCAGCGAGACUACAAGAACUACUUUGUGUCAGCGUCCAACAAGACAUUGUUCGUGAAGCGCCAAGAAGACACCCUCAACCUCUACGCCACCAAGAUCCGUCUCAGCAGCGACUACAACGUCAAGUAUAUUGACUCACUGCACCGAUCUUGGAAGGAGAAGAUCAAACAGUUCAUCUUCAACCGGACCCGGUACAUUGAAGUGUUCGGCGAUUCCGAAAACAUCACCGAGGGAAUGCUGCGAUCAUUCAUGGGAGAGAAAGAUGUGUGGGGAAUAUCUGAAGCGGAGGUGAUACGCGAUUCGAGAAUAAAGAGAUUACAUUUAGACUUGAGGACGGUGUUGCUUCACAUCGAGCUGGACCCUGAGAUGAAGCCGCUGCCUCCGGGCACGAGGAUAUCCCUCGGGUAUACUGGGGAUGGCUUCAAUUAUUUGGAUGUGGUCUUCAUGAGGCCUGCGUACGUCUGCAAGGGUUUCGAGUCUCUGCCCAGCCGAAAACUUGGAGAAUCAGAGACACCUGGUUGCAGCGUGUUCACGUGUGUGGGGGACUUCAACGAGGGUGUGCAGUGGCUGGAGACGGCUCAACCCGACUGCACCCCGACGACCACAGAGCUGGUCGCCGAAUUCGCCCUUAUACCGCCGAUGCCUACCGCUAUACCCCUGCCUAAUAAGCACAGAGAGAGUAGCUCCAGUUCCAGUGAAUCCUCCGAGAUCAGGCCGCCGCCGACACCGCCAGUGAACGUCACUACAACCGAACCGAACAAUUCCACUUUCACGGAGACGACCGUGAACAUCACUAACCCGGACACAUCCUGGAGCGUCUCCACAGAACACUUAUCCACGAAUGACCCCACAGAAGUCAGCACAGUGAACACUCCGUACUCAACUACUGAACUCUCUGAGGAAACCACUGAAUCGCCUGAGCUGCCCUCCACCACGCAGAGGCCUCCUCAAGAGCAGCUGAACGAGGUUAUUACAGAACUAGAAAAUCUUCUCCUGAAUGGUACAGUGACCCUGGAAAGUCUUGAGAGGCCUUUUGACCAGGUUAACGAAAUCUUAGACGUAGAUGACGGAGAACUAGAGAUUCCCAGCGACCUACUCCAUUUGCUGGACCAGCUGGCUUCGACCGCAAUCCUGGACGGGGAAGCGCGCGCGAUCAAGGUGCGGAACAACGUGGCGCUGAUGAUGGCGGACGCCACCCCGGACAACCCCGUCCGAGGCGUCCGGGUACUUGCCACGACAGACGCUAGAGGAACUGACGUCUUCACCAACGCAACAUUUGACUUUCUAGAAGGUGAAUUAACCAGCUCAGAGUUGCUGAGUAGUGAGUCAGAGGCGGUGGUGUACCUGCCAGAGUCCGUGACCCGCGAGGCGCGCCGCAUUUGCUUCGUGGCGUUCCGCAACGAGCGCGCCUUCCAGUCCGACUACAGCGUCAACAGCCGCGUGUUCAGCGUCAACGUGGAGAACCUCACGCACUUCGAGCGGGGCGAGGUAAAAAUGUAUUACGAAAGCUGUGAAACAGAACCAGUCAUGUCAGUCAAUGAAACACUAAACGCUGCACAUAAUAAGACCGUUAAAGAUGGACUUGUUGUAUACUUCCCUAACUAUGGGGACAAUGUAUGCGCUGCGAAUAUUGACUGCUAUGUGGACGCUGAAACUUCUGAGCAAACCUUAACGCUGAAUGUUACCGACUGCACAUAUGUCCACGAUCGACUGUACAAGCUAAUAGUCUACCCAAAGGCUUUAAAAGAUAAAAAAAUAAGGCGCUUUAUCGAUGAUGAGCCCCAUACAUCGUUCUGGAGGAGAUUGGAUCGUGUUGGCAGCGUGCUGGAAAAUUUAAAUCAUCUUUUAGAAAAGGAGUCUUUAUCAAUCACGUCUGAAGGGGUUCAUUCUGUCUUCGAUCAAGUCGAUGUGCUAAUGGAUGAUGGAAGUAAAGAAGAGAUACCUGGAGAACUGCUCCAUGGACUGGAUGAGAUCGGCACAAGAUUUGAGUUGGAGAGGAACCACACGGACGUCCUGGUGCGCAACAACAUAGCGGUGCUUGUGGCUGACUCCACUCCAGACCUUCGCCUUAGGGGGAUGAGGAUCGUGGCCACCGCACAUGAUGCCUUCACCCAGGAUGCAUUUGAGUUCAUUACUGAGGAAAAUGAAGACUUUCUGGAUAAAGUAUCUGACAAGAACGAAGCCAUAGUCCUCUUGCCUCACUCCGCGACGGCUGUCGAACGGCGAAUCAGCUUGGUGGCCUUUCGGACCAACAGAUCAUUUACCAACGACCACAGCUGCCAGCUGAACAGCAAGGUUCUCAGCGUCAAUGUUAAUAACUUCACCGAGUUCGAGAAUGACGAGGUCAUAGAAAUAUAUUUGAAUCCUUGGAAAAGGAAACAUCGCCGUAACCAGACUCGAGCUUGUGCAUACUGGCAUUUCAAUGAAAACGGCACCGGCUUUUGGUCUCAGGAGGGGUGUACACUCACAAAAGCCCGCCAAGAAGACGCCCUGGAUCUAUGUCAAUGCAACCAUCUUACACACUUCGCUGAGAUUCUAAUCAACAAAAACGUGUUCGAAGAGUUAGACGAAAACCUACUGGAGAUCAUCUCAAUAAUCGGCUGCAGCUUUUCGAUAUUCGGGAUAUUUAUGAUUGCGCUCACCGCUGCGUUUUUCAAGUCAUGGCGAGAAAACGAAAGCAACAAGAUCUGGUUACACCUGUGCUCGGCCGUUUUCAUUUUAGACGUAUGUUUUCUUCUAGCGGUCUUCGUUGAUUUUGACGACCACAUUGUAGGUUGCGUGGUCGUCGGCGCCUCACUACAUUACUCGGUGCUGGCAACCUUUUGUUGGAUGCUGGUCGUCUCUAUAUUGUCGUACAGAAAGUUAGUCUUAGUUUUCAACACAGAUCUCCCUUGCAAAUUAUUAUUGACGGCAUUAUUUGCGUGGGGUUUUCCGCUUUUGGUGAUAGGGAUCCUCUUUUCAGUAGAUCCAAACGCUUAUUUAGCACGAUUUGAAGAUAUGACUCCGAAUGGGAAGUUUUGUUAUCCGAAAGGGAUAGCCUUUUGGACAGCCGUAUUCGCACCAAUGGCGGCGAUGUGGUUCGUAAAUUGGAUUUUGUACGCGAUAAUACUGCGGUCUAUGUUUGAAACGAAGAAGAAUAUCAGGAGACAUUCUUCCUCGAAGGAAACGCUUAGAUGUGCCUCUGUCAGUUGUUUGCUGGCAUUCCUUUGCGGUAUUCCGUGGGUCUUUGGAUUUUUCGCUUACAACAUAGUAGCAGCAUAUCUGUUUACAAUAACUGUCUCCUUUCAGGGGUUCGUUUUAUUUUUGUUUUUUAUAGUGGGAAAUAAAAAUACGAGAGGUCUCUGGGUGGGUCUGUUUAGAAAGCCGUCAAGAAGAUCAGUGUUUACUGCUUCUACCGAUAGAUCUAAUAAGGAUGCGUGUAGGCCGAGAUUCCUAAUCGCCCGUAGUACUUCUUCGUCUACCCCAGAUCAGGCAUCUGGUUCACUACUCUCGGAGAGUAGGCUAUGAAUGUGUGUUCCAAAAACACGAUUUAUAAUAAUAAUUCUCAAUACUAAAAGUAGGACUUUAGUGCAUAAUAAGUGAUGUAACAAAUAAGAUGUAAGUUUUUGUUUAUUUCGUGUUUUCUUUUUAAAUGUCCUACUAACAUUAAUUUAUUUUUUGAAU